AUGGAGGGUUUGGUGGCUAGUCUAACCAUAGUUGCAGGAGGAGGAAAAGCCAAAAAGGAGCAAGAAGACCCCCACUUCAAACUCUUACCAGAUGGUUUGAUAGUAUCCCAUAUCUUUAACAAAAUCUCUGAGGCUAAAUCUCUCUGCAGAUGUUCUUUGGUCUCUAAACGUUUCUCUUCCCUUGUUUACCAAACCAAAAAUGUUUCUGUCGAGAUCCCACUUCGGAUUCCCCGCCAGGAACUCGAUAAGAAAACCACUCCUGCUUGUUUUCCAGGAAAACCAGUCCACUGUUUCAUAGCUCCCCUGGGGAUGUUUCCCUUCCUCCAGAAGUCCCAGCGAUUGACUUUCCACUUCGAGCACUUGGAUUUCGAGUUUCUGUCUCAUCUCACCACCAAAUUUCUUGCUAAAUUCUCCCGCAUGGAAUCCCUCCAUGUGGAAAUCUUGUAUCCGCCGGAAGAUUCCGAGGCCACAGGCGGUAUCCGUUUCAUCAAGGAACCUGUGAUGAAGUGGAAGCUCGACUUCGAAUCAGAUACUUUUAUAUAUCUCUAUGCUUCCAGAAGUUGUCUUGAUGAUGCUAACAACAUUUAUGCUAGGGAAAUUGGGUUGCUUACCGUUGAAUAUCAUUGUCAUCUGGCUAUGGGUUUUUACACUUUCUCGAUAAUGGAAACCCUCCUGCCUUUCUUACCGGGAUCCCUUCUCCGGGUGACCAUCACAGAUUCCAAGAACCGGAGCAAGCAAGAUCUGGGAAAAACUGAUCUCGCUGAUCAGAUGAGGCGGAUUUGUGAUAAUCCAAGAAAUACCGAGUAUUUGCAGAGGGUGACGAGUGCUAAAUCUAGAGUUAAGUUUCCAUUUUCAGGCCCAAUCGGGCAAUCUUUUACUCUUUUCCUGGCCAAUGAGUCCGAGGAUUACUUGAAAGUAAAAUCUGCUUUUGAAGAUAAAGAUGAGGUUUUUGUUGAAACUGUACUGGAAAUGGUGAAGGAGAUUAGAGCUAGUCUCUGA